UGUUUUCAGUCAGUUAACGUUAGCUCGCUGUAGAGAAUAGUAAGGAGAAUAACUACGUUAAUUAGCUAGAUAUUUCUUGAGAUGGUUCGGUGACUAACUUGCGUUGAUUUCUACAGAGAAGUUUGGAAAUGGCACAGUUAUCAGCGAGGGGAGGUUUCCUGGAUUUUAGUCCCAUCAAGAAAGAAGACUCAUCUGCUGUUUCUUAUGGCAAUAAAGAAAACAAUAGCUCGCACCCAGUUUUGAGUUUAAUUCAGUUUUCAAGGGCUCCGUUUGUAACAUUUGGAAAUGUAAAGUUGGGAUCUUCCAAAUCAUCAGUUCUUUGCAUUGAGAAUCCCGUUGAAGAUGCAAACAUAGAGGUGGCAAUUGAUAAGAUUGCAUCGACGAAAGGCUUUUCCGUGGAUCAAACCCGAUUUACAAUUCAGCCUGAGGAACGUGUCAAUUUGACAAUAACAUGGACACCGAUAGAGGAAGGUGGUAUUCGAGAGCUGAUCACUUUCAUUGCCAAUGGGGUGGUCAAACACCAAGCUAUUUUGCUCGGUAGAGCAGACGCACCUAAAAGGAGAAAGAAGAGUCUGUGGGACUCAAUCAAAAGCAAGAAGGCAUUUGAUCUAUCAGACCCUCCAAGGGGGAAGAAAAACUCAGUGUCUUCCCUGAAGAUGGCAGCCAACAAGACCUUCCAUGUGUCCCGGACACCACAGUACAGACGGGAGAAGGUUCGCAGCCCGCUUGCCUCACUCAACAAAAAAGCCUGCACACCUGUCGAAGGGCAGAAGUUUAAGCAGGAUGUGUUGGGUCAGUUCAGUUUCGACAAUGUCCAAAAGAACUCGCCUGUCGUCUUUCUAGUCCCCGCUGCAGAGCUAAUCGAUUCCUCUGAUGCAGCAGCCAGCUACAGUUUCCCAGUAGGCACACCGGAGUGCCGAGACCUCACCAGACUACUGAACACGACUGUGUCCCCUGUAGGCACUCCAGAGAGGCUUCAAAAGCUGAUGCCCCAUAUUCAGUCUAUACAGAGCCCAGCCCCUGUGAUUGAUGACACUGUUGCGAACAUAAGCCAUACAGUGUUGGCCGGAACACCAGUGUUGUCUGUGAGAGAUGCACUGGCCUUGAUUGAGUCAGAUCUAACUCAUGUGGUUGGUGCAAGCCCUCCAAAUGCGUGCUCUAGCUUUGAUUUCUCCCACUCCUUGGAGUCAGCAAAUGGAGAGAAGAAUUGUGGCCCUGUCAAAUCUGUGAUUGACCUCAAAGCCCUGUCUGAAAGCCCCAUCAAGUCAGAUCCUGCACAGCCUAGACUAACCUUCUUCAUCAAACCAAAACGUGUUACUGACAAGGAGGGUAGAGUAGAGGUUGGAGAAGUUGUUCCUCAAUCCAAAAAGGUCACUUUCACCUCCGCCACAGUCAUCAAAAGCAAACCAGCCCCUGUCCAGGUACGCAGUCCUGGGGUGAGGAGAAUCAAAACCUCCAGGCGCUGUCUCCUGGAGAAAACACUGGAGCUGUCUGGAGACAGUGGCCAUUCAGAGUCAAGCCCUGGUACAACAGUUACCCCUGGUCUCCCUGUCAUAGACUCUGAUGCAAACCAUGAUUCUCCAUUAACUAUCUCCCCACGGGAGGCCAGGCUGGAGUCAAUUUCCUAUAGCCCAGUUUGUUUGGAUGAUAACCCUGCUCCAGUCAACCUCUCCCUCAGCUCUCCUCUGCCUAUGAACCCCCCCACCGGUGGCCCUCAGCACCUUGGCCUGGAUGAUUCCAUUCUGGGAGCCACUCAGCUCAACACAGCACCAAUAGUGGAACCUCUACCUGACCGGGCAGGCGUGUUUCCUGUUUACAACCAGAGCCAGUUUGACAUGAGGGUGGUGCGGAGCAAAAAGAGGAAGAGCGAUGAGUUUCUGAGGGAUGGAGGGCAGAAAGUGGAGGAUGCUGCGGAGAAAACGUUCCAUGUGAAAAAGAGUAGGGUGUCAACAGUGGUGAAGGGACCCAACAGACCAGCUCAGCAGAAGGGGAUCAGUGCCUCCUCUCACAGGCAGCAGACAAAAACAUCAGCUUCUGUGUGUACUAGUUCUGCCUCAUCCACGAGGGCUCCAAAGUCUGUGUCCCCUGCCCAAGCCAAGCAGCCAGCUCCAAAACCUGGCCAGCGAGGUGCACAGUCUUUGAAAUCAUUUGGUGGCUCAUCUGUAAAAACUGCAAAGAUUGUAGCUGUGGCCCAGUCCAAGCUCACAUUCACCAAGCCUGGUCAAACAGCCAUACCAAGACACCCGAUGCCGUUCGCUGCAAAGAACAUGUUCUAUGAUGAGCGCUGGAUAGAGAAACAGGAGACUGGGUUUACCUGGUGGAUCAACUACGUCCUCACCCCUGAUGACUUCAAGGUCAACACGGAGGUCACCAAAGUGAAUGCUGUAUCCCUGGCGAUGGGCGGUAAUGACAAGUUUGCCGUCAACAAGGCUCCCACCAAAGAGGAGAUGUCGUUUAGUACCUACACUGCCAGGCGGCGGCUCAACCGGCUGCGGCGCUCGGCCUGCCAGCUUUUCACCUCCGAGCCCAUGGUCAAAGCCAUCCAGAGGCUGGAGUUGGAGGUUGAGGCUAGAAGGUUACUGGUACGCAAGGAUCGUCAUCUUUGGAAGGACAUCGGGGAACGGCAAAAGGUGCUCAACUGGCUUCUAUCGUACAAUCCUCUUUGGUUACGGAUUGGACUUGAGACUAUCUACGGGGAGAUGAUCUCACUGGAGAGCAACAGUGACGUCAUGGGCUUAGCCAUGUUCAUUCUGAAACGUCUGCUGUGGAACCCUGACAUUGCUGCAGAGUUCAGACAUGCCAAAGUACCCAACCUCUACAAAGAUGGCCACGAGGGGGCGCUGUCUCGUUUCACUCUGAAGAAGCUUCUCCUCUUGGUGUGCUUCCUGGAUAAAGCCAAAGAGUCCAGGAUGAUCGAACAUGACCCCUGUCUGUUCUGUAUGGAUGCAGAAUUCAAGACUACCAAGGACUUGCUGCUGUCGUUCUCCAGGGACUUCCUGAGUGGAGAGGGGAUCCUCCCCCGUCACCUGGGUUACAUGGGCCUACCGGUCUCCCACGUCCAGACGCCUCUGGACGAGUUCAACUUCGCUGUCAAGAAUCUGUCAGUUGACCUUAAGUGUGGAAUCCGUCUCGUGCGUGUGAUGGAGCUGUUCAUCCAGGACUGGAGUCUGUCCCGUAAGCUGAGGAUGCCUGCAAUCAGUCGUCUGCAGAAGGUCCACAACGUUGACAUAGCCCUGCAGGUGCUCCGAGACAGAGGGGUUGACCUCAAGGAUGAGCAUGAUGCUGUCAUUGACUCCAGAGAUAUUGUGGACGGACACAGGGAGAAGACACUGAGCCUGCUGUGGAAGAUCAUUUUUACCUUCCAGGUGGAGGUGCUGCUGGACGAGGACCAGCUGAGAGAAGAGAUCAGUUUCCUCAAACACACCUGGACGACCAAACAGAGGUUGGCCUCACUGAGGGCCGACAAAGGUGUGCUGCAGAAGACUCCCAAGCCUAGACCCCCGUUCGAGCACAGUAGCUCAAAGAUCACUCUACUCAUGGAAUGGGUCAAUGCUGUCUGCCAGUUCUACCACUUGAAGGCAGAGAACUUCACGGUGUCGUUCUCAGACGGUCGUAUCCUCUGCUACCUGAUCCACCACUACCACCCCAGCCACCUACCGGCAGACAGCGUCAGCCACAACACCACCCAAACUGUGGAGUGCUCCCAGAGAGGACGAGUUGAACUCAACAGCUCCUCCAGCGACUCGGACAUCUCCUUUGACACCUGGCCCACCACACAAAAUGGCCUAGUGUCGCCAUCGAUGGAGUUCAAAGAGCUUCUGGAGAAUGAGAAGAGUAACUUCAGGCUGGUCAACACUGCAGUGUCUGACYUGGGAGGGGUUCCUGCCAUGAUGAACCCUGCUGACAUGUCAAACACUAUCCCAAAUGAGAAGGUGGUGACAUGUUACCUGUCCUUCCUGUGUGCCCGUCUCCUGGACCUGCGGAAUGAGACCCGUGCUGCCAGGAUCAUCCAGGGAGCUUGGAGAAAGUACCGGCUGAAGAAGGAUCUGAAACUUUACCAGGAAAGGACUGUAGCAGCGGGGAAGAUCCAGGUGCUGGUCAGACAGUUUCUCCAGAGACGUAGAGCCGCCUGUCAGACCGCUGCAGCCAUCCGCAUCCAGGCUGCAUGGAGGGGCUACUCGGCACGGAACGCCCUGACACUGAGGAGCAAGGCUCUAYUCUGGGCUCUCCAGGUUGCUGCUGCUACCACCAUCCAAGCACAAUGGAAGAAGUAUGUUACCUUGAAAAACUACCAGCGCUUGAGAUUGCACAUUGUUAAAGUUCAAGCUCUCUGGCGGAUGAAGAUGGCAGUCACUACCUACAGAAGGACACAGUGGGCUGCAACAGUAAUUCAGAAGCAUGUUAGGGCCUCGACUCUGGCAAGGGAAGAGCGUGAACGUUACUGCUCACUGAGAUCAGCAGCUGUCAAAAUCCAGAGAAACUAUCGGAGACGGAAGACUCUGAGACUGCAGGGGGAAAACCAUGCUGCCACAGUGAUACAAACUGCAUUUAAGAAAUGGCACGGUGACAAAAUGGCCCGAAGGACCGCAGCUGCCUUGAAGAUUCAGUCUUUCUACAGAAUGCGCAGGUGCCUAAAACAGUACAUGAACACCCAGCGGAGCGCCGUCCUCAUUCAGACUUGGUGUAGAGGUCAUGCGCAGAGACACAACUUUGAGACGUUGAAACUGCAGCAUCACUCUGCCACUGUCAUCCAAAGUGCUUUUAGGGCGAGCACGGUCAGAAAACAGAUGGCGACGAUGAGACAAUCCUCAGUCGUGAUUCAGCGUUGGUUCAGGGCCUCUGUACAGAGAGAUGCAGGRAGGCAACAGUUCCUGAAAAUGAGAUGUGCUGCUGUUACCAUACAGUCCGCUUAUCGUGGACAUACGGCUCGGAGACUAAUGCAACAACAGAAUCAGGCAGCCACAGUCAUCCAGACAGCUUUCAUGAAGUUUGUGGCCAGAAGAAAAUUCUUGUCCUUGAAAAAAUCUGCGAUUGUUGUCCAACAGCGAUUUAGAGCCAACCUAGUAGGGGAGAAAUCAAGGAAAGCGUAUAUUGCCCUCCAAUAUUCUGCAUUGAGAAUACAAGCUAUCUGGAGAGGUAGGACAGAGAGGAAGAGGAUUGAAAAACGACAUAAAUGCGCCACACUCAUUCAGUCUUCCUACCGUAGACAUGUGUUGCAGUCACAGUUCAGGUCAAGAAAGAAGGCUGCCUUGGCCAUCCAAAGCCAUUACCGAGCUUAUAGGGCAGGGGAAACAAUUAGAACUGACUAUCUCCGGCUCAAGAAAGCUGCUGUUACUGUACAAGCCAGGUUCCGUGGCAUGAGAGUUAGGCAAGAGCUGAGGCAAAAACACCAGGCCGCCGCUGUCCUUCAGUCAGUAGUGAGAGUUUUUCUCUGUAGAAGACGAUAUGUGUUACUGCAACGUGCCGCUAUAGUACUCCAGUGUCGGUACCGGGCUCUUGUAGCAGGCAGAACACAGCAAGCGCUGUACAGCCAGCUGAAAUUGGCCACAGUAAAGCUACAGGCUGCUUACCGGAGAUCCAGAGAGUUAAGGAUGAAACACCAAGCUGCUACGGUCAUCCAAGCUCAGUUAAGGAUGCACAAAGUGCGUCAGGCCUAUCUUGCCACAAAGGUGGCGGCCAUCAUCGUACAGCAGCAUUACAGGGCCAAUCGGCUCCGAGAUCUACAGAUGCAGCGGUACACCUCAGUGAAGUCUGCUGCGGUUGUGAUUCAGGCAGUGUAUCGCGGUCACAGAGCAAGAAUGGAGGUUGCUAGGAUGCACCACUCAGCCAUGGUCAUUCAGAGGAGGUUCCUUACUUUCAGGGACAGGAAACGCUUCCUUGCGGUCAAAACUGCUGUUCUACUAUGUCAACAGAGAUGCAGGGAUGUGGCCAUGGUAAGAAAAGACCAGAGGGACUAUCUGUUGAAGCUGAGGGCAGCCACUGCUCUGCAAGCAGCUUUCAAAGGGAUGAAGGUCCGGAAGCAGUUGCAGACYRAAYGCAGAGCGGCCAUACUCAUUCAAUCUCACUUACAGGGCCACUGCGUACGCCGACAGUACCUCUCCUUGAGAUCCUCUGUCCUUGCCAUUCAACAAAAAUAUCGUGCCUGUUGCUGCGAACAGCAGAUGCAGCACUACCAACGAAUGCGCAGCGCUGUCAUCUGCCUCCAAGCAGCAUACAGAGGCCAGAGAGCCAGAAAGGAGAUCAGUCUUCAACAUCAAGCUGCCACCACGAUCCAGGCUGGCUUCAGAAAGCACAGAGAGGAAGUCAAGUUCCAGGCCAUGAAGUUUGCAGCCAUCAUCAUCCAGAGAUACUUCAGAUCUCACAUCAAGGGACAAGACCGAGACCAGUUCUUGACACUGAAGGAUUCAGCCAUAGUCCUUCAGGCAGUUUUCAGAGGGCGUUGCGUUCGACAAGACGUCGCUAAGAUGAAGAAAGCUGCUUCUGUGAUUCAGGCCAACUUCAGAAUGCACAAGGAGCAGGUCAAGUUCCAUGCCAUGAGACUGUCUGCUGUCAUCAUUCAGAGGUUCAGAUCUCACAUUCAAAUGAAACGAGACAGAGACAGAUUCAUAAAGCUCAGAGAGUCUGCCAUAGUCCUUCAGGCAGCUUUCAGAGCAUGCAUUCGACAAGAUGCUGCUAAGAUGCACAGAGCUGCGUCUGUGAUUCGCCACUUCAGGAUGCACAAGGAGCAGGUCAAGUUCCAGGCCAUGAGACUGUCUGCUGUCAUCAUUCAGAGGUACUACAGAUCUCACAUUCAAAUGAAACGAGACAGAGACAGAUUCAUAAAGCUCAGAGAGUCUGCUAUAGUCCUUCGCAGCUUCCAGAUGGAUGAAGGCCUGGAUGCAGUUUCAGACCAAAGCAGAGCGGCCAUACUCAUUCAAUCUCAUGUCCGGAAACACCUGCAAGAGGCGCACUAUGAGAGGCUUCAGUGGGCUGUGAACACAGUGCAGGCCCGUUACAGAGCCAACAAGAAGAUGAUUGAAGACAGAAAAGCACUGCGCGUAAAGAGGAGUGCUGUUGUCGUGUUACAGGCUGCCUUCCGGGGGAUGCUAUCCAGACAGCGCAUGAGAGAGAUGCACAAGAGCCAGUGUUCUCCAGAGAAGUUACAGGGCUCACUGCGAACGCCGACAGUACCUCUCCUUGAGAUCCUCUGUCCUUGCCAUUCAACAAAAUAUCGUGCCGCUGUUGCUGCGAAACAGCAGAUGCAGCACUACCAACGAAUGCGCAGCGCUGCCAUCCUGCUCCAAGCAGCAUACAGAGGCCAGAGAGCCAGAAAGGAGAUGUCUUCACAUCAAGCUGCCACCACGAUCCAGGCUGGCUUCAGAAAGCACAGAGAGGAAGUCAAGUUCCAGGCCAUGAAGUUUGCUGCCAUCAUCAUCCAGAGAUACUUCAGAUCUCACAUUCAAAUGAAACACCGAGACAAAUUCAUAAAGCUCAGAGAGUCUGCCAUAGUCCUUCAGGCAGCUUUCAGAGCAUAUCACAUUCGACAAGAUGCUGCUAAGAUGCCACAGAGCUGCGUCUGUGAUUCAGGCAACUUCAGGAUGCACAAGGAGCAGGUCAAGUUCCGCAUGAGACUGUCUGCUGUCAUCAUCCAGCGAUACUUCAGAUCUCACAUUCAAAUGAAACAAGACCGAGACAAGUUAAAAAAGUGCAGAGAGUCCUGCUUAGUCCUUCAGGCAGCUUUCAGAGGGUAUCGCGUUCGACAAGACAUUGCUAAGAUGUGCAGAGCUGCUACUGUGAUCCAGGCCAACUUCAGGAUGCACAAGGAGCAGUCUGCUUAUAGGAGGCAGCAUUGGGCAGCCAGUGUUCUUCAGCAAAGAUUCAGAGCUCAGAGACUGAGGAACUCUCAGUUGGAGAACUACCAUCAGAUGAGAAAUGCUGUGAUAAACCUUCAGGCCUUGUAUAGGGGAAAACAGGCAAAGGAGCUGGCAAAACAGAUGAUCGCAGCCAGGAAGAUUCAGUCAGUUCUGAGAAUGAGCAUCAGACGACAACGCUUCUUGAAGGAAAAAGCUGCUGCUCUGUUGAUCCAGUCUGCCUUCAGAAGACAUCAGGCCAGGACACGGUACAACAAAACACAAGCCUCUGCUGUCACGAUCCAAAGAUGGUACAGAUCAUGCAAUGUCCUCAGACGACAAAGGGACGAUUACUUGGCCAUCAGAGAAGCUGCUGUGAAGCUUCAGUCAGCCAUCCGUGGAACGCUGGCAAGAAGGCUGGCCAGACGCAAACGUGCGGCUGUCAAAAUCCAGUCCGUGAUACGGAUGUCCAUCCAACGGAGAAGGUAUCUGACCCUGCGAUCCAGCACGGUAAAGCUGCAGUCUCACUGCAGGGCUUGGGUGGCGAGGAGGAGAUUCCUGAAGCGUCGGACAGCGGCCGCAACUCUCCAAAAGCACUACAGAGGCUGGCAGGCCCAGAGGGAGCAGCGAUGCCUGUACCUAAAGACCCUGACCAGUGUCAAAACACUGCAGGCCAGAGUGCGUGGACACAUCCAACUCAAGAGGUACCAGAAUCUCAAGAGAAGUGCAGUCACAAUUCAGGCAUUUUACCGUGGAAUGGUGGAGAGGCGCCGGUUUCAGCAUCAAAGGGCAUCUGCUGCUAUAAUACAGGAACGUUUCAGGGCCCAUCUCCUCUGCCAAAGAGAGAGGGCAAAGUACCUGGAAAUGAAGAAGUCUGCUGUUCUUAUUCAAGCCGUGUUCCGUGGUGACCUUGCCAGACAGAUUGCCAAGAAACGGCAGGCGGCUGUCGCCACAGUCCAUCGAUGUAUGCAGACCAGGCAUCUAUGCAACAGGUUCCGAGUGAUCCAGCGUAGUGUAAGGGUCAUUCAGUGCAGAUGGAGGGAGACCUUGAAAGCCAGGGAAGAGCGUCACAACUUCCUGGUCAUGAAAGCUGCCGCGGUUACAAUCGAAGCGUCAUGGAGAGGCCAUGCGACCAGGAAUCACCUGCUUAAGGAGCAGAGGGCUGCGGUGCUGGUCCAGUCCUCCUUCCGGGGAUGGGUCCAGAAACGGGCGUACCAGAGACAAAGAGAGGCUGCCCUGUUCCUACAGAGGAGAGUGCGAGCUAUGCAGCAGGCUAAAGCAGAGCGGGUCAAAUACACACGUUUAAAACAGGCUACCAUCACUGUCCAGGCUCACUGCAGAGGCUGGAUUGCCAGGAGACAGUUGAGAGAAGCGGCCUCUGCGGAGAGGAGGGUGCGUUUCUGUGCGGCUGUGUACCACCACCUCUGUGCUGUGAGGAUCCAGAGAGCUCUGAGGUCACACUGGGCUCUGCAGUCUGCCAAGAGACAGAUCACCUCUGUCAUAUUUAUACAGAGGUGGCUGAGAGCACGGCUCCAGAGGCGGCGAUACGUGGAGGACAGGAGGAGGGUGGUUGUGGCCCAGAGGGCAGCCAGGAGUUGGUUAGCUCGCCGCCAUCACGCUGCCUCCACCAUCCAGCACGCCGCCAGGACCUUCCUCCUCCGUAGGCGGGAGCAGAGGGUUCAGCAGGGCAUCAUCAAGGCACAGGCGUUGUGGCGAGGCCACCAGUCCAGAAAGCUCCAUGACAAUCGUAAAGUGGUGUCCAUGAGGCAUCGUCUGCGGAAGGUGUCUGAGGAGGUACGAGAGGAGGACCGGCUGUGUAACAAGACGUCCUGGGCCAUCGAAUACCUCCUCAAAUACAAGCACUUCUCCUAUAUCCUGGAGGCUCUGAAGAAUCUGGAGACCGCCACUAGGCUGUCCCCAGAGUGCUGUGAGCGUCUGGUGACGAGCGGAGCCACGCUGGUCAUCUUCACGCUGAUCCGCAGCUGCAACCGGAGCGUCCCCUCUAUGGAGGUCAUUACCUACGCCAUCCAGGUGCUCCUCAACCUCUCCAAGUAUGACAAGACAAUCGAGGCGGUUUACGCGGUGGAGAACUCUGUGGACACACUGCUGGACCUGCUCCAGAUAUACAGGGAGAAGGCCGGAGACAAGGUGGCCGACAAAGGAGGCAGCAUCUUCACCAAGGCCUGCUUCCUCCUGAUCAUCCUGCUGCAGGACCAGUCCAGGGCUCUGGAAGUGAGGAAGCUUUCCAAGGCAGUUGACCGGCUCCGCAGCAUCUACCGCCUCACUGCACGCAAACACAAGAUGGAUGCCGAGAGGACAGUGGUCAAGCAGAAGAUGGGCGCAUCCAUAAAUGGAAGCUUCAUCGUCCCGGCAACACCCCGCAAAUCCAAGCCAGUGCCUAGAUUCUCCCCUGACUGGGUUCUCAGAAGGGACAAACUGCAAGACAUUGUUGACCCUCUCCGAGCUGUACAGAUGGUGGCCGACGUCUUCUCUAUUGUGCUUUAAAUAUACUUAAUGGAUUAUUUUCUUUAGCUUUUUCCAUAGACAUUUUUUUUGUAUAGUUGUUUAUUAAAUGAUACGCAUAUGAUCUUUUUUUUAAUACUUWUUUUUUAUGAACUCCACACUGUCUUUUUUUUUUAUAGCUUGUUAAUGUUUUGAUUCUAUCUAGAAAAAGCUCCAUGAGUUGUCUUUGAUAACAUUGUUUGAUUCAACAAGAAGACAUGAUGCAAGGUGUAUACACUGAUGGUUGGUGGCCACACGGUGGAAGCGUUUAACCUGUAGCUUAAUGGAUUGAAUAAGGGUGAAUUAAAAAACAUGUAGACCUAUUACUAUUAUCCCAUGUUAAUGAUCCAAAAAACUCUGGGAGAAAGACACUAGAAGUCUCCUGACAAUGGGUGAGUAACGUGGCGUUUUAACUGUCUAGCAUCUGGUAAUAGAAAGAUGUGAUUUAGAUCUAAUUUGCAUAUGCCAAAAAGAAAAUAUACCGGAGCGAUUCUUGAAUCCAUUCUGUACAUAUUUACUUUGACUGUUUACUGCUGUAAAUAAAACAUCUGAUUUCACCUGAAA